UGGAGAAGUGGACUUUUUCCCCUUGCCUCACGUGACUACUUGUAUGUGAAAUGGUAUGGGAAUGCAGGGAUUUAUGAGUACACUGCCUUGUGUCGACGUUUUAAAGUAUUUUGUUGGUUCUGGUGCUUAGUUCUGGUUCGUUUACAGUCUUUUGCUGGUUCUGGCUCGGAAAAGUUUUUCACAAAUGGAAGAAAAAGACCUAUGCGACCACCACUCAAACGGUUCUCUUUCAACGCGCUGACGCUCUUGCAGUGAUACUAAUGGUCGCUAGAUGUCGCUAAACGAGUGUGUUUGAAAAUAGCAGCGAUAAGGACAAUGAAGUUCUCGUUGGAUUUGAUGUCCUAAUAAUGACGGCUAUAAGUGGCUACCCCAAGUGUCUUGAUACUGCAAUAUGCAGAGGAUGACAUUUUACGUUGUUUGGCGUUUCGAAUUUGAAGAGCCUUUGAUUGCAAUGGUAACAACAGAAUGUCCUCUUCUGUCUGUUCCGAGGCAGAAAAGCUGUCAUGUAAAGUCCUAACUUCUAGGUCGGUUGCCCCACUUUGCAACAGCGAGACAGCCCGUGACCAGCAAGUCACAUGAUCUGCCUCACAUGGUCCCCGCACCGGAAGCAACACAGUGGCAGCGAUCUCGUCCAUUCACGAACAAGUAGAGUGAAGGCACCGUUUUGAGACGGACUCAUGGAGCUGGACGGGGAUCGGUGAAUGCCCGAAUGUCGGUCGUUUAACCCGAUUUAUGUAUUUUUCUUUUUAACCAGAACUAGGUGUUUUAACGUUAAUGUAUUGCCAUGGCUUCGUCAGACGCCAAUAAUUUCAACUAUCUUCCCUCCGAGAGGGAUAAGCUGUCAUCUCCUACCUCUCACAGUGGCACUGACGUCCUGGGUGGACAUGGCAACUGUAACCACGACGACAGACUGUUGUCGUCGUCAGGGGGCUGGGUGGGGGCGGAGCAGGAAGAGGAAGCUCUCCGCAGGAAGUUAAAGUAUUUCUUCAUGAGUCCCUGUGACAAGUUCCACGCUAAAGGGCGCAAGCCCUUCAAACUGGGCCUUCAGCUCCUCAAGAUCGUCAUAGUUACAGUGCAGCUGGUGCUGUUUGGUCUGAGUAAUCAGAUGGUGGUGACGUUUAAGGAGGAGAACACGGCCUCCUUCAAGUACCUGUUCCUCAGGGACUACAGCCCCGGUUCCGACAACACCCUCGCCGUCUACACGCAGAACGACGUCUACGAAUGCGUCUUCUACGCCAUCGAUCAGUAUCUGUUGUUACCUGAGACUACAGUGGGCAGGUAUGCAUACGUGUACGGCGUGGGGGUGAACGGCAGCGCCCUCUCUCUGUGCCAGCGGUACUACAAGAAGGGUCGCAUCGACCCGGCUAAUGACACCUUCAGUAUAGAUCCACGGGUGGUCACAGACUGUAUAGGAGUGAACCCUCUCUCAGUCCCUUCAGCAUCGCUGAGUAGUAACUACAGAAACUUCACACUCAAGUUCCACAAGCUCAUAAAUGUAACUAUUCAGUUCCAGCUAAAGGCCAUCAAUCUCCAGACCAUCAUCUACAAUGAGAUUCCUGACUGUUACACGUUCCUCAUCACGAUAGUGCUGGACAAUAGUGCCCACAGUGGCAAGGUGAAGAUCAGUCUGGAUAACCACGCCUCCUUUAAAGAAUGCAGAGACCCCAGUGUCCUUGAUCAUGCGGAGAACUAUGCCCGUGUGGUGUUUGACGUGUCUGUCUCAGUGGUGUGUCUGCUCUCCCUGCUCCUCUGUGGGAGGUCCAUCAUCAGAGGCAUCGUACUACAGCAGGAGUUUGUGGAGUUCUUCCGUGUGUCUCUGGGUCGGUCCGUCAGCUGGAGUGAGCGGCUGGAGUUUGUCAACGGCUGGUACCUCCUCCUCAUCUGCAGUGACCUCCUCACCAUCGCCGGCAGCUUCAUCAAGAUUGGCAUCGAGUCCAAGAACCUGUCGUCCUAUGACGUGUGUGGGAUCCUGCUGGGGACGUCCACUCUGCUGGUGUGGGUGGGAGUCAUACGCUACCUCAGCUUCUUUCAAAAGUACAACAUUCUGAUCGUGACUCUUCGAGCUGCGUUCCCCAAUGUCAUCCGGUUCAGUUGCUGUGUGGCCGUCAUCUACCUGGGCUACUGUUUCUGUGGCUGGAUCGUACUGGGCCCCUACCACGUUAAAUUUCGUUCCCUGUCCAUGGUGUCUGAGUGUCUGUUCUCGCUCAUCAACGGAGAUGACAUGUUCGUGACGUUCGCCGGCAUGCAGGAGAGCAGCACGCUGGUCUGGGUCUUCAGCCAGGUCUACCUGUACACCUUCAUCUCCCUCUUCAUCUACAUGGUGUUGUCACUCUUCAUCGCGCUCAUCACCGGAGCCUACGAGACCAUCAAGCACCAGACACAGGAGCCCUUCCACAUCACCGACCUGCACGCCUUCAUUGCCGAGUGCACAGACACCCCCUGCUCAGGGAAGUUCCGCGGCCUCGAGACGUCACCCUGCUCCUUCUUCUGCUGCUGUGACCGUACCACAACCUAUGAGGACGUGCUGCUGGUGAAUUAGCAGUUUUUUGCCCCCUGGUGGUACAGAACGCACACUGCAUACGGAGGGCCUCAUGCUCUCUCUCUCUCUCUCUCUCUUCUCUCUCUCUCUCUCUC